UACCUGGCUAUUCUGGCGGCUCAGCUUUAUUUACAUCUCCCGAUUCCAAGGUGGCAACAGCAUACUUCUGAUUCAGCCCCUCCACUUAGCUAUAAAAAUGAAUUAAUCAGAAUUGCCUGGCAUUUUCCUGAGCAAGACUUUCAAUUGGACCCAGCAUGCUUCAUUUCAUCCAGAAGUUUUCUCAGGCAUCUUCAAAGAUGCUGAAGUACCCUUUCACAUUCCGACUAGGAACCAGCAGAAUAGAAACACUUUCUCUCAAGACAUGUCUCCAGCAAAACUUUUCCCCUUUGUUGCCAGGGCCUUGGUUUUUCUCAUUUCCAGUGUAUAUGAACAAGACACAAUACUAUCAUACUUCCCCAUGCAGCUUUAAGAAGCAGCAGAAGCAAGAAGUCCUUCCAACCAAGCCACCAGGCACCAUAACUUUCCUGCUUGAAAGCCCAAAGCCAGUAUUAUACAUAAUUCUGGCAGGAGUAAUCCCCUUUGUUGCUCCACCACUGGUCAUGGUGAUGGCAAAGACUUAUAUCCCCUUAUUAGCUUUUGCUCAGAUGGCUUAUGGAGCCAGUUUCCUAUCUUUCUUGGGAGGGAUCAAAUGGGGUUUUGCUCUGCCAGAAGAUAAUACAGCCAAACCAGACUUCCUCAGUUUAGCUAGUAGUACGCCUCCUCUUCUGUUUUCAUGAUUUGCCUUCCUUAUUUCUGAAAGACUCAGUGAAGCUAUAGUCACAGUAAUAAUAGGUUUGGGGAUAGCAUUACACAUUGAACUUUUUCUCCUGCCACAUUAUCCCAACUGGUUCAAAGUCCUUAAGAUAGUAGUCACUUUAGUGGCUUUGCUUUCAUUUGUAAUCACUUUACUAGUUAAAGAUAUUUAUCCAGAGAAAGGACUCAAGAAGCCUGGUCAAGUAGAAUAAAUAUAAAAACUACUUUGUAGAUAACAUUAGCAUGUUGGCUACAAGCCUCGUAAAGUUGUGUUUUGGCAUCACCUUUUUCUUCUUCUCUUGUUUAGCUUUUGUUCCCCAUCAGUGGUUAUUUAUUCACAGAUUUUUUUUUUUUCAUUUCUAGAAAUCUUUAUUUCCUAGGAAUUACUUGAUAAGAGUUUGAAAAUC